CAAUCAUGGAACAUAAAUGUCACAUACCGCCCUCUAGCGGUGCCACGUCACGUUGCCAUAGUAACGGCGUGUUUACUUGCCGGCAGAUCGUCAGCAGUAAGCAGUUUUUGUGAGUUACACUACACAGGCAUUUAGAUCUGACAGGAAAAAAAAGAAAUGUCUCGGCUGAUGGGACCCCCUGAUAAGUUUCUGCCAUCUGAGUGGAAACAUGCAAACCAGGUGCAGUUCAGGAGCUCGGAGGCAGAACGAUCACACUCACAGAGACUGACAGCAGAGUGUCAAAGUCUCAUAGAGGAGAGUGACAAAUCUACCAAACGCAUGCAACAGGACGCACUAAAGAAGCUGGAGCAGAGAAUCCAGGACAUCAAAUUCUGGAGGCUGGAACUGAACCAGAAGUUUGAGGAGAUGGUGCAGGAGAUCGAGACCCUCAUCAUUUUCAAGAGCCGUGUAGAAAGAGCCUUAGAGAGCUGCUCUGAGCCUUUCCAAGUGACUUUGCAAUGCCUGACUGAGAGACAGAAGCGGGUGGCGAUUGACCUGGUGCAUGAUGAGGUGGAAGAGGGGCUGUUGAAGGAGAAGGAGGUGAUUGAAGGAGUGAUGGUCCUGCUUCAGCGAACACUGGAGCAGAUCAAUGAGCAGAUCAGGCUCAUUCGUUCGGUGAAAUACUAUCUAGAAAAGGACCUGCAGGACAAAUUUCAGGCCGAGCACAUUGAUGACUUCUGUUCUCUUCUCACUAAUGCAUCACCCGGUUUAAACGGAGGGAAUUCAAACUUCACUAGUCUUGGUAUUUCCAGAUCUGCAGUGACUCCUGAGGAAUGGGAGAGCCUCUGCAACUUAAACAUUAGCAAAGCUGAGAAAGAGAAGAACAACUCUCUUUCUCUGAGAGCUCUCGUGGAUAGCCUGCUAGAGCAGACGGCUGCAGACAUGCACAGACAGUACGAAGCCACGGGAAGGGCUUUUGAGCUGCGCAUAGAGGAGACCAAAACUGCCAAAGCACAGCUUGAGAACCAGCUCAAUGAGCUGCUAGCAGAGACAGCAAAUCAGGAGAAGAAUCUGGAGUCUUUACGAGUGGCAAUCGCAGAGAAAGAAGCUCCACUCAAAGUUGCUCAGACUCGACUGUCCACUCGCAGCCAAAGACCCAACGUUGAGCUCUGCCACGAUCCAGCUCAAAUCCGACUGCUGGAAGAGGUCAAGGAGCUUGUGAGCCACGUUGAGAGACUGACCGAGGCUCUUGAACUGUCAGAGAUGGAACUGAAGGCUCUAGCAAGUCGCCAGUUGAGCCUGGAGGAGGAAAUCCAGGUCAAGACCAACUCCCUGUAUAUAGACGAGGUGAUCUGCCAUCAGCUACGCCAGCCUGUGGUUAUUCACAACUUCUGAACAGGGCUCUUGUACAGCGGAAAGGCCUAGGAUUCAACAUUUAAUGUCUUUAACAAUUUCUUCUGGAAUGUUUCUGUUUGUCUGUUUGUUGCACAGUACAUUGAAGUAGAUUGUUUGACUAAAUGUUUAAAAUACACUCAAUUAAACAAAAAAGUG